AAUACAAAUGUCGACUGUUUCAGAGAUGUGAACACCGCUGUGAUGGAGCUGCUGAUCAUGGCUUACGCGCUGAAGACUGCCUGUGCCAGGAACAUUAUCGGAGUCAUCCCGUACUUCCCCUACAGCAAGCAAAGCAAGAUGCGGAAGAGGGGUUCCAUUGUGUGCAAGCUCCUGGCGUCCAUGCUGGCGAAAGCAGGUUUAACUCACAUUAUCACUAUGGAUCUUCAUCAAAAGGAAAUACAAGGCUUUUUCAGCUUUCCCGUGGACAACCUUAGAGCCUCACCUUUCCUGCUUCAGUAUAUCCAGGAAGAAAUUCCAAAUUACAGAAAUGCAGUCAUAGUAGCUAAGUCUCCUGAUGCUGCCAAAAGGGCCCAGUCAUAUGCUGAGAGACUGCGUCUGGGGUUAGCUGUGAUCCACGGAGAAGCUCAGUGUACAGAGCUGGACAUGGAUGAUGGUCGCCAUUCUCCCCCGAUGGUCAAAAAUGCUACUGUCCACCCGGGUCUGGAGUUGCCCUUGAUGAUGGCCAAAGAGAAACCACCAAUAACUGUAGUCGGAGAUGUUGGAGGGCGCAUCGCAAUCAUAGUGGAUGACAUUAUUGAUGAUGUGGAAAGUUUUGUCGCUGCUGCGGAGAUCCUGAAAGAAAGAGGUGCUUACAAGAUUUACGUCAUGGCCACUCAUGGCAUCCUGUCUGCAGAGGCCCCCCGCCUGAUUGAGGAGUCCUCCAUUGAUGAGGUGGUGGUGACGAACACUGUCCCUCAUGAGGUGCAGAAGCUGCAGUGUCCCAAGAUAAAGACGGUGGAUAUCAGUCUGAUUCUUUCUGAAGCAAUUCGGAGAAUCCACAACGGGGAGUCCAUGGCAUACCUUUUCCGAAACAUCACUGUGGAUGACUAAGCUGUCACGGUUGCCUUGACUGAAACUCCCGAGGAAAACAUGUGGAGUGCAGUGCCAUCAACUUCUGUACAUGGUGUUUCUUCUCACGGGAGGACUGGAAAUAGCCUGAAGUCAGAUAGUCUCGCCAAGUUGGGUAGGUAGGAGGCCUUAAGAUAGUCAAGGGGAAGACAGAGCUAAUAGAAACAUGGCCUUAAGUGUCUGCCAUCGUCCUCCUGUGCCUCAAACAAAAGUUACAGACACUUUUCUGAAAAGAAUCCCCAAAUCUUGCUGAUAUUGAAAAGGAGUUAAAGGCAGAAAGUCUUAACUCUAAUAUUCGGUUAUUUCCACCGUGGGAAAUGUGUGUCAAUGUUGAACCUGGUUAGGGAAGCUGAGUGUCCUGGUACUGUUUCCAUUCUAGUUGUCCUCUCCCCAGUCAACCUCACAUAAGUUUUUUUUUUUGUAGAAAAACCCUAUUUUUCCUUGAGAAGCUACUGUGCCUACAGCCAGUGAACAACGAAGCCUUUGUGGCAUUACCCCAGCCAGGAGGUCAGAUUAGAGAGUAGCGUCCUAUCUCUGGAUACCUGCGUUGCUCUUCGCUGGCAAAUAAAAGAAUUUGUUGUCUCA